GUGUUUAGGCGCACCGGAAGCCACCUCAGGGGGUGAGCCAUGGCGGGUUUGCCCGUUAGAGACCCUGCGGUGGAUCGUUCUCUGCGUUCUGUAUUCGGAGAAAAGGUGCGUGAAAACAGAGCGUCCCUGUUCCGUGCUGCUUCUCUUAGCCCAAAAUACAGAUUUUAUUCUGAAGCCAUCGACCCUAUAUCCACUUUCCGCCCUCUCAUAAACGCGUAAUAUCGCUUGCUUUUUACUUGUAACGUUUCAUCCAACCAUAGUGGUAGCGGCCACCUGGCAUCUUGAGUGGGAAACAUUCCUUAUGAAGCUACUGAAGAACAGCUGAAGGACAUCUUCUCUGAGGUUGGGCCUGUUGUUAGUUUCAGAUUGGUGUAUGAUAGGGAGACAGGAAAACCGAAGGGUUAUGGCUUCUGUGAAUACCAAGACCAAGAGACGGCCCUUAGUGCCAUGCGGAACCUGAACGGUCGCGAAUUCAGCGGGCGAGCUCUUCGAGUGGAUAAUGCUGCCAGUGAAAAGAACAAAGAGGAACUCAAAAGCCUUGGCACUGGCGCACCUGUCAUCGAGUCACCUUAUGGAGAGAGCAUCAACCCCGAGGAUGCCCCUGAAUCUAUUAGCAAAGCAGUUGCUAGUCUUCCACCAGAACAGAUGUUUGAACUGAUGAAACAGAUGAAGCUCUGUGUCCAGAAUAGUCCCCAGGAAGCACGAAACAUGUUGCUUCAGAAUCCUCAGCUGGCGUAUGCUUUGCUACAAGCACAGGUAGUGAUGAGAAUUGUGGAUCCUGAGAUUGCCCUGAAAAUUCUGCAUCGCCAAACAAAUAUCCCAACGCUGAUUUCAGGCAACCCUCAGCCAGUCCAUGUUGCUGGGCCUGGCUCAGGACCCAAUGUUUCAAUGAACCAGCAGAAUCCUCAGGCCCCUCAAUCUUUGGGCGGGAUGCAUGUCAAUGGUGCACCUCUGAUGCAGGCUUCUAUGCCAGGUGGAGUACCUGCCCCAGUGCAAAUGACUGCAGCUGUAGCAGGCCCUGGAACUUUAGCCCCUGCAGGAGUCAUGCAAGCCCAAGUGGGAAUGCAAGGAGGUGGACCAGUGCCCAUGGAAAGAGGACAAGUGCCAAUGCAAGACCCCAGAGCAGCUAUGCAGCGGGGAGCCUUGCCUGCCAAUGUCCCAACUCCUCGUGGUCUGUUAGGAGAUGCCCCCAAUGACCCACGGGGAGGCACUUUAAUGUCUGUAACUGGAGAGGUAGAGCCUAGAGCUUACUUGGGACCCCCACCACCACCUCAUCAGGGCCCACCCAUGCACCAUGUUCCUGGUCAUGAAGGCCGUGGACCACCCCCACAUGACAUAAGGGGAGGUCCAUUAGCUGAGCCUAGACCUUUAAUGGCAGAGCCAAGAGGACCCAUGAUAGAUCAGAGGGGUCCACCCAUGGAUGCUAGAGGUGGAAGAGAUCCCCGAGGAUUAGAUGCACGAGCGUUGGAGGCCAGAGCCAUGGAGGCCAGAGGACUGGAGGCCCGUGCCAUGGAAGCUCGUGCCAUGGAGGCCCGUGCCAUGGAGGCCCGUGCCAUGGAGGCCCGUGCCAUGGAAGCCCGUGCCAUGGAGGCCAGAGGCAUGGAUACCAGAGGCCCAGUACCUGGACCUAGAGGACCUAUACCUAGUGGAAUCCAAGGUCCCAAUCCAAUGAACAUGGGGGCUGUCGUUCCCCAGGGAUCAAGACAGGUCGCAGUCAUGCAGGGAGCAGGCAUUCAAGCAGCGAGCAUGCAAGGUGGAAACCAACCUGGUGGCUUUAGUCCUGGACAGAGCCAAGUCACACCCCAGGAUCAUGAGAAGGCUGCUUUGAUUAUGCAGGUCCUUCAACUUACUGCAGACCAGAUUGCCAUGCUGCCUCCUGAGCAGAGGCAGAGUAUCCUAAUCUUAAAGGAACAGAUACAGAAAUCCACUGGGGCACCUUGAAAGGUUCUGAAAAACACCUGGCAACAAAUCUGAAAAUAGUAAUUCCUUAACAUUGCUGAAAUGUUGAAAACAUGGUGACUUCUGCAUCCUAACCCCCUGAUGAUUCAAAUUGGUGCCAGGUGGAGGACUCAUAUGACCAUUUCUCCAAACGAAAGCAGUUCAUUUUGUUGUCUUAGUUUGUAUAUUUUCUGUGACGUUAAAUAAAGUCUGAACACAAUUUUAGCAUACCGAAAAUUGAUAUAUAUAUAUUAAAAAAAACCAUUUUGCUUUUAAGAAGCUAAACGCAAAGGUAAAAGCUUAGAUAUGUUUUCUACUCUUACUGCAGCAUUGUCCUUUCAUCUUAUAUUGCCAUAGCUCUAUUCUUAUGUUAGCAUAAACAUUUAUUCUUCUUAAUGAUACUUGAGUAUUUCUUGGAAGCAAUGUCUUCAGGAACUUGGUUGUGUUUGCUUUUAGCAAGGUAAUAAGACUAAAAAGACUUUGCCCAUUGCCAGGUGGUGGUGGCGCACACCUUUAAUCCCAGCACUCAGGAGGCAGAGGCAGGUGGAUCUCUGUGAGUUCGAGGCCAGCCUGGUCUACAAGAGCUAGAUCCAGGACAGGCUCCAAAGCUACAGAGAAACCCUGUCUCAAAAAACCAAAAAAAAAAAAAAGACUUUGCCCUUUGAAAACUUUCUAGGGUCUCUGAGUUUUCUGGGAGGAAAAAAAGCAAGUAUUUAAAACUAUAAAAUAGCCAGAAGGCCAUCAAGCAAAGAGCAUACCACAGUAAUGUGUUUGGUUUAAGAAAAUUCAAUUAUCCAAAUGUGUUGUUCGGUCAGUAGCAGGUCUGAACAUACGCCGUUCUGAGUUAAGAUAAAGAUUGUUUUGGCACUGGUUUGAGUGUGUGUCAGCAACCGGAGAGACUGUUGUAGAGCUCUUCUGUCUAGGUAGCCAACUUUCCAAGUUUACAAAGCCACUGGUUUUCUACAUGUUCAAAUUUAAUAGGAAAAUCAAGUGAGAAAAUAUAUUUUAUCCCAUUUUUUAGAAAAUUGCAAAGCUUUCAGCCCUAUCCGCUAACUAAAUUCAUUCCAAGAACUUAAAACAGAAAACCCUAAAACUUUUACACUUUCAAGUCUUUGAAGAGGACCAAGUAUAGAACGCAGGAAGGCCCUGUUUAUGGUUGCCUGUUUUUUCCUAAGUACUACCUACUUGGAAGGUUAUUAGUGUCAUUAGCCUGUGCUAACCAACAGACCACCAUGUCUUCUGUUCUCCCAUAGUGCCAUUUCCACCAGGUGGUUUCUUUCCACCAUGUUAACCUCAAGACAUUUGAAGAGUUGCCUUAGUAAUUAGUAAAGUUUACUAGAACUAAUUGUGAGCUUAUUUAUAUUCUCAGAACCCUACCCUCUGUGUUAGGAUUAUGGGCAGGUGAAUUAAAAUCAUUACUAGGCACAUAAAGCAUAAUGCAUUGCUUACAUGCCAAACAAAAGAAUGCAAAGAUAUUAAAAUUGAGGGAUUUUUCUCCAUAUAUUUACAAUGAAAAUUUGCUGGAUAUGUCAUCAAGAAAAGUGCAAAACAGCAAGCACUCCCUGCCUAUUCCACUUGGAUAUUAAUUAUGCAUGUAGCAUCACCUGUGCCUCCUACAUAAAUAAGUCAAUAAUGUGAUGAUUUUAGCAGCUGUUAUGACUUAAAAACACCAAUAUAUUUAGACACAGAGACCAUGAGAAAAGUAUUUCUAGUUAGGAACUUGGGUUUUACACAAGUAAUUCCCAAUCAAGAUUUACUGAGGCUGAAGUUAUUUGGUAAGCAGUUGUCUAGUAGAAACCAUAUCCUGGAAAUCCUAGUGUGCAUUUUCCCAAGGCCUCAUUAAACUUAAUGUGGUUAGCAGACAUUCAGGUGAAUAAAUUGACAUGAGCAGUGGCAUCCCAGUUCAUCCCUAUGGAAGCACUCAUCCAUGCUUUUACUGGUAUAAUUAGUACAGUUAGCUACCCCAAGUUUGUGACCUGUCUGUUAGGUUCAGACUAGUGACUGAAAAAUGAUCCUGCUAAUCUUUCAAGCUAUAGCUUCCUAAGUAGUAGGAAAUGUAAAUUUGUUUACUCUUGGUAGAAAAUAAGUGGUCUAGAUUCAAUGUGCUAAAUCUGUGAAUUCAACAGUCUGAGUACAAUGAAGUGUGGGGUUUUUCGCCCUCUGAGGAGGCUGGGGCUUAUUUUUCUUGUAAUUCACCAUGACUAACAUCCCAGAGCCAGUGUGGUUAUUGUCCUGGUUGAUAAGAAAAAUAGACAUUUAGUGAAUGAUUCCUCAGUAAAUAAAACCUGGAAAAUAGUCAAAUUUAUAAAAAUCUUUAUUUUUUUUAUACGAGACAUUCAAAAACUCCUUUAACAAAAAUAGUAGAGAGCUGCUGCUGAAUUAAGUUAUUCCAUGAUGUAGGCCAGGCCUUCCCAGUUAAUUCAAACAAUACAAAAUGGCAAUAUAGGCUUCUAAUUCAAAUUUGAUUGGUUAAUAAACUUCAGAUGGAAAUUCUAGGAAAAGUAAGCAAAAUUGUUCAAUAAGCAAAGACGAAACUUUUCAGUUUUUCUUGACAAAACAAAGUGUAAACUGUUGGUCACACUGGAUAAGAUUGUGUUUAACAAUGUACCUAGUAAGUAUGAUAUGGGAGUGGGAAUCUUGGUAAUUUUAUGUUGUGUAUUUAUGAUUAUUGUUUUGUCGUGGAUUCAAUAAAUAUUUUAAAAGUCA